GACACAUCUCUGGAAAAUAUAACCUUUCCAUUCUUAUCACAACAGUUUCCAAUAAUCUAACUAAAAUGUCAAAAUCAGCUGUUGCAGUUUCGUUCCAGUGUCGCUAUUUCAUAUCAAAUUAUCCAAUUGUGGAACAAAAACUAGCCAAAGCUUAGUUGAAAAAAAAGUCGAACGAUGUACACCGUACCAGUAAUUCCACCUGAUUUACGACACGAAGAAACAAUUAUCCAAGCAGCUAAUGCCUUAAAUUGUUUACAAUCGACAAUAACAAACAUUUUCGAUCGCAUUGACAAACGUAUUUCGAAAAACAAUGACAAAAUCAACGAUUUGAGUUCGCGUGUUGAUAUUGCAUCAAAGAAAAUUCAAAAUCUCUCCGGCACAAAUAAAGCCAUUAAAAUAUUCUCGCCAGCAAAAUUUCCUUCGUCGCAUGUUUUCAGAGAUAUCGAGUUGACCUUCAAUGGUGAAGAAGCAGCAGAUUUAACAUCUAAUAUCUUAAAUGACCAUGAAAUAACAAGCCGUGUUGAUAUUGGCCCUGGCAACAUUCAAGAAAAGCUGGUGUUCUUUCAUUUUCGCAGUGCGAAAAACAAAUCAACUGCCGCUGGAGUGUCCAGCCAUCGUGGUCUUGGUGACAUCCCCACCUACUGCAAGUCUAUCAAUUCUGUUUUGCUGUUUAGUACGGCAGAAAACGUUUACGGUGCUCGAAAGGUGGCCGACGAUAUGAGUCGCCAUCUACGAAAUAGACCUAAAGGCGCGAAGAAAGCGGAAGUUGGCACUAGUCGUAGUCUAAUUAUAGAGCCGGCCCCGAUCUCGCUGAGUAAUCGCCAGAAGGGUGCCGAUAAAAGACAGCAAGGUCUUUUCUACACACCGACGAUGAAUAAGGCACCAACUAUUGACUUGCCUGCCGAUUUGCCCGACUUACCUGGCAUAGCUGGUGAUAUUCAAUUUGAUUAUGCCGAAACCAAUCAAAUCGCUCCCUCGUUGCUUUUCGAAACUUUUUUGGAUAUGCCUAAAGUGCCUGGAAUUGUGGAAAAGAACGAAGCUAAUAAAGAAACAAGUUCGGAGUUCAAAGCAGCUGAACCAACUAAAACGGUGAUAACUUCUACAUCUCCAAUACCACCACCACCUCCGCCGCCACCGGCGGCUAUGCCUGAACCUGAAGCAGUUAAAUCAGUUGUGCCGCCACCUCCACCUCCUGCUCCACCUAUGAAUGUCCAUCCUACAGAUCAAUCGAAACAAACUCUACCGUCACCAAAAGCAGCUCCUGAAGUUGACAUUCGUUCAAAUUUAAUGGAUGCCAUCCGGAAAGCUGGUGGAGCUCAAGGAGGUCGGUUGCGGGCUGCUGCUGAUGUCGCUCGACAAACGUCCACAGAACAGCUCAAUACAGUUCCAGACAAACCUAAAGUCGUCUCUGGAGGAGAUCUAAUGGCUGACUUACACAAUAAGCUGCUUAUGCGUAGAAAAGGAAUCUCUGGAGCUAAAGACGGCCGAGGAAAUCCCACAGACGGUGGAGGUGUAAUGAGUCGAUUGUCCUCUUUAAUUCCGCCUCCACCUGUUAAGAGUCAAAACUCUUCAUCAGAUGAUGAAGAUGCUGGCGAUGAUACAGAUUGGGCCGAUUAAAAAAUAACCUACCUUUACUUGUAUGUUUUUAUUUGACUACAAAAUCAUAAUAUAAAGUUCAAUUUGUAUUUUUUAAGUCGCUCAAAAUUUAAAAAAAAUAUUGUGCCUUUGUUUUUCAACAACAAAAAAGAAGAAGAAAUGUAAUAUUAAAAUCGAAUAAUGAAUUUUUGAAUAUAGAUCAGUUUGCUUAAAUAGAUAUUUGGUUUAGAUUGAUUGAAAAACUAGAUAAAAUGUAUACGUAACAGAAUUAAAAACAAUUAUCAUAGAACUAUACGUACAUAACUAAAUAAACAUGAUAUACAAAUUAUUUUCUAUAAAACCUA